AUGAAGAUUUUAUAUAUUCUAAUAUCAAUUGCAUUAAUUAUUCAUGUGGCUAUUUAUCGAGUUAUAGUUCUUGAAAAUCAUUCUGUACCACAAGUUAUUGCUCGAAUUAAUGGUAUGUUGGUUCAUUUUAGUUAUGCUCCAGCUAUUAGUCUAAUGCUCAAACAAACAAUGACAAUUAUUAGAUGUUUAUAUUAUCUUCGUUUAUUUAUACCAGUUGAUGAUCAUAUUGAUGCACAUCGUUUAGUAGGUACAAUGAUAUUUAUUUCUGCUAUAAAUCUUGACGGACAUUCAUGGUUUUCAUUAAUAUUUACAACAGCUGCAGGAAUUGGUUGGCCAAUUUUUAUUCUACUUGUACUUCAUGCACCAAAUUUUUGGAAAUGGGCUAUUGGACCAAUGGUAUUAUUUUGUUUUGAAAAAAUUUAUUUAUUUAAACGACAUUUACCAAAAUAUGGUUGUACAAAAUUAAUCUCCAUUCGAAUUCAAGAUAAGCAUCCAUUUACAAUUUGUAGUAGUCCACAACGAAAAGAUAUACUUGGUCUAACUAUUAUGAAAAAACAAAAUUGA